UUUUAUAAAAUUCUCUUGGUUGCACUACACAGAAAAAAAAUUCAUAUCCAUGGCGUCGCUGCUACUGAGACUGAGAGCUCCUCCAAUUCCAACUCUGGCACCCGAUAUCUCCUCCAAUUUAUCGUUUUCUCAAUCCGAAACUCUCUGUCUUCCAAAACCCAUAUCUCCAAAUUCUGUUUCACUCUCUGUGGCCUCUCCAACACUACCAUUAAUAAUUCACUGUGGCAGAGGUGACAGAAAGACCGCCAAAGGCAAGCGAUUUGCUCACUCCUUUGGAAAUGCAAGGCCUAAGGGCAAGAAGAAGGGGAGAGGUCCACCGAUGCCACCUAUGCCUCCGUCGGAGCCUAAGAAAGAUCGCUUUGAUAAUGAUUAGAGAUGGUGAAGUUUGAUAUUGAUGGCUCAUUGUAUUCUAAAAGAUUGUUGAGCUCGACAUCUUUUUUUGUUUUUUGUUUGUUUGUGUGUGUGUGUAAUUUCUGACAUUUGAAUUGCUUUUAAUGUUAGUAAAAUUGCUUCUAUGGA